GAGUGCUACUCAGCAGCAAACACAGGGUGAACAAGUUCAGAUGUGAGAGAUUGAGGGAGUGAGAGAAAAAGAAAGAAAGAAAGAGAGGUAGAGGCAGAGACAUCAAAUCUGUCUGAGAAAGGUUAACAGGACUGACUGACUGAGUAGAGUGGGAGUGUAAAAUGUAGAAGCGAGUAGGAGGGAAGAGAGAGAGAGAGGAGGAGAAGAGACAAGAAGAGAAAAGGAGGAGAGUGUGUCUGAUAGACAGUCUGUUGAGCUUGUCUGGAUGCUUCUGUUCACUCUGUUCUGCUUUGCCUUUUCACCUGCAGACCGGGAGGACGACGCAAGGCAGACAGGUGUGUGUGUGUGUGUGUGUGUGUGUGGGCCGUCUGUGUUCAUUUUGUGAACAUGGAUGGAUGUGCUAUGUGAAGAUGGAUGCACAGAAAAAAAGGAUAGAUGGAUAGAGGAACAUAUCGUGACAACCUUGGACCCAACUAUCUGCAACACUUGCCAAGAGACUAAUGGAGUCUGUAUCACAUGAUCACAACACCUCCUCAACUUCUGCAGGGAGGGCAUGCAGUGCCAGUGUGAGUGACAGGCAGCGUGAGCCAAUGAGCUUCGCACCAAAUCCAGUUCUUGUCCCAGACAGGGACAGCCUUCCGCUGAAGAAGAGGGACCAAAGACCGAGCUCACCGUCACAGCAGCAGCAGUGCGAUGCUGCGACAUUCAAGGCGCCUUACCCUUACAAGAGCCACGGCGAGUUAAAAACAAAAUACACAAGCCCAUUUCAGCCAGUGCCGAGACGGGUUCCUGCGCUCUACCAGCCCUGGACGCAGACUCAUACAUCCCCCAGGUCCAAACCUCAUGUGUUAUCUGCAUUCAGGGAGCAUCAUGGCUGGGCAGAGUGGAGAGAGUUCAACCCCCUGCACCCUGGAUGGGACUUUCCCCACCACUAUCACCACAGCCACUUACCUGGCACACCUGCAGUCCAGCCAGGCCAUCCACACCACCCCUCCAGGUUCAGCCCUAUCUCCCUGGUCUCUGAGGGUUUCCACAGAAUGGGUGGAGGGUACAGUUGGGAGCAGUUCAAGACAUCAAGGGACAAGAGUUUGAAUGCAGAUAGGCAGAGCAAUGGCAGGAAUAAAGGACCGUAUGUGAGGCGAAGAGAGUAUUUUCCCAGGGUUGAAAAAGCAAGUCCUCCGUCGUUGAGCACAUGCCUACCUCACUCUCCACACGAGGACCAACACAAUUUGUUGCACAAAUCAACAGACGUUGUCAAACAUCCUGUUUCUGGACAUUCCUUCAGAGGAGUUUCCCCUGUUGAUAACUCAAACAGCGCAUACACAUCCAUGAAAGAGGACACAUCAAAAUUUUCUGUAUUGCCCUCCUCUGAGCAUGCUUCUUCCUCCUCUUCCUCUUCUAACCGUUUCCCCUGGCUGCUCCCUCACUUUGUGGCCGGCUCUCUGAUUGAGCUCAGAGAUGGGCGGCUGAGACGAGUGGAGCACCUGCAGACGGAGGACUUCCUGCUGGGAUCACUUGCAUGUCCAGACCUGCGCCUGAGUUGCUGCACGGUGCAAAGCAUCUCCCCUUCAACCUCUUCCUCCUCUGUCUCACGCCUCCUCAUUCUGCUUCACGACCAACAGUCACAGGAGUUGGUGGAUGUCUAUGUGGAGUACCCGUUCUUUGUGCGUGGGCGGGGCUGGUCCUCCUGCAGCCCCCAGAGGACUGCCCGUCUCUGUGGCCUGCAGUGCCGCCAGCUCAGCGUGGGGGACGUCUGCCUGGCCCUCACCCCCGUCUCAGCUCUACAGCCUCCACCGUCAGCCACUCUGGAGCCAAAAACCUCACCCAGGAAGUCAGAGAGAGGGUGUGAGUCCCUAAGUGUAUCACACCCAGAGGUACCCCCAGGGCCACAGCAGCAAGAAGGGGGGAGGAAGAAGGGGGCAGAGGUAGUCCGGAGGAGACACUAUUCCGCCCCUGAGCUAAGAGUUCCAGGGACUAAUUGCAUGUAGUGAAGAGGGUCACUGGUUUAUGGGCAGGGAGAAAGUCAGUCUCUUCUAAGCUCUGCUAUAUUCAGCCUAUAUUUGCUGUCUUUUCUACCUCCUGAAUCAUAUUUCUGUGCUUGACUGUCUUUUUAAUUGUAUCUAAGGAGUAAAGGCUAGAGAAAAACAAUAAGCUUGACUCUCAGGAUCCCCUAGAGGUUAUAUUAGCACAUAUUUAUCAAGGCAAGUCAGGGAUCACACGCUGAUUAUGAGAGUUGAAUUAUGUGAGUUAAACAUUACAUCUUCUGUGAGCCUGAUCUCUGCCUGGUCUUUUGUAACAGAAUUAAACUUUAUUCAUGUGAAAGAACUCUUCUUAAGAGAAAGAGCCAUCGUGUAAAAAUAUGUCGCCGCAGGGAGCUGCUUCAGUAACACUGAAUUUGAGAAAGAUCUUGUAGGCUCAAGGAUAUUGUUUUCUUUCUCAAUCUGACGGUUCAUAUCUUUCUGGCAGUCCUGACAGAAUCAGCCCACGUUCCUUGAAAAGCACAUAAAUAAUACUCCCUCAGGUCAUUCAGUGCUGAUGAUAUCAUUUAAAGCUUAUCUCUCUUCUGCCUAAUAUUAUGUAAGAGUUCUUCAUGCUCAUAAAUGAGAGUUUGAGAGGGAAUUUUACAUUGACAAUCAACACCGUUUUUGAUUGUAUCAGUAGGAUUUAGUUUUACGCUUCUACCUCUAUUUUCUAUUUACGGUGACAGAUGUAAUUGUGUGUUUUUAACAGUGUGGGCUGUGAUGUAAUAUGCUUUGCUGGAAGCUUUCAGCUUCUGCAGUGAAUGUCAUUGUGAAUGCCUUUAUUUGCCAGGUUGUCAAAUGCGCACAUUAUGUAAAGUAUGUGCUUUGCUUUUUGUGCUAAUGUGUAUUUUAGGAGGCUUGUGCUAUUCUACGUACUUUAAAAGCACAAUCUGUUAUCAGUGCAUGGCUUCAUGUGUCAGCACUGUGAUGUAAUUUCUUUCUGAGUACACACAGUUCACACAUAAUCAACUGAAUGGGGCAAAAUUGAAAUGUGGACCAUGUGGGCUCAACCAUGAUGUCAAAGUUGUGGCAGACAGGUUGCUGUAAACCUGAUCAUGGAUUCAGUCUUUAACUUGUGAAGCAGUUUUCUCACUGUUGAAUAAAAUGGUGUGUAAAAAUU